AUGGCUGCGAUGAGGACUUUAACCGUGGCGGGAUUGUGUUUGGCUUUCUGCGCCUUGGGGCUCAUAGCCGUGGCUCUCAGCACCGACAAUUGGUACGAGACGGACGCCAGGAGACACCGGGAACGAUGCAAGACAUACUCCAAUAAAAGAAACGAUCCUGGGUUCAUCUACAUCUCCAACCUGCCUUUACGGAUGCUUCCAAAGGAGAAACACGUAGAGAGGAAAGGCUCCGGCGUGAGCGGCGAGAUGCUGCUUCGGGCCAAGCGGCAUCUCGCCCCCCUCGCCUCGGCCAUGGAAUCGCUCUGCAGUCGGCAAUAUAACUCCACCAGCACCGGGCUGUGGAGGAAGUGUCACAGAGAAGGCUUUGACUUGGAAACAGAGGAUUUGAUCUUUAAAGGAUUGGUCCCACGCUGCACGCCAAUAAAAUACUACUACUCAUCUUCCGCGCUGCCCAGGAAUCUGCCUGUCAAUCUGACCAAGACUAUCCGCCAGGAUGAGUGGCAUGCUCUCCAUCUCCAAAGGAUGACUGCCAGUUUCAUCGGUAUGGCCAUCUCUAUCAUCACGUUUGGCUGGAUCAUAGGACUGAUGGGCUGCUGUAAGGAGCAUGAUCUGAUGCAGUAUGUUGCCGGACUGCUCUUCCUCAUGGGAGGGACUUGCUGCAUCAUCUCUCUCUGCACCUGCGUGGCUGGAAUCAACUUUGAAUUGUCGCGCUAUCCACGCUACAUGUUUGGGAUCCCAGAGGACAUCAGUCAUGGUUAUGGCUGGUCCAUGUUUUGUGCCUGGGGAGGGCUGGGCCUGACGCUCCUGGCUGGAUUCCUCUGUACUCUGGCCCCCUCCUUGUACCCGCCACAGACCGCCGUCGCACACAAGCCGCGUCAGGAGAAUGGCUGCGUGUGA